GUCUCUUGUUGGGACUUGAGCGUGCUGUGUGUGUCUGAGCUGCGGUCUGCGUCUUCCUAACUUCCAUCGCUUUUUGGGUCUUUUAAUCGCAGUUUGACGGUUUUUCAGAAUGGAUGUUGCCACAGCAACAGCGGAGAAUGCCGGAGAGAUUGUGAAGGACGAGUUGGCUGAAAAAUGUCAGAAGUUAUUCCAGGCUUUCUUGGAGGAGUUUCAGACCGGGGAUGGGGAGGUGAAGUAUGUCCGGGAGGCCGAGGAGCUGAUCCGGCCUGAGAGGAACACUCUGCUGGUGAGCUUCACAGACCUGGAGGGCUUCAACCAGGAGCUGGCCACCACCAUCCAAGAGGAGUACUACAGAGUUUACCCGUUCCUUUGUCGGGCAGUGCGGAACUUUGCUCGGGAUCAUGGGAACGUUCCUCUGAACAAAGAGUUUUACGUGGCCCUUGAGGAACUGCCAACCAGACACAAGAUCAGAGAGCUGUCCUCUAUGCGUAUCGGUACCCUGGUGAGGAUCACUGGUCAGGUGGUGAGGACACACCCGGUACACCCUGAACUGGUGAGCGGUACGUUCCUGUGCAUGGACUGUCAGGCGGUGAUCAAAGACGUCCCCCAGCAGUUCAAAUACUCUCCACCAACCAUCUGCAGAAACCCCGUCUGCAACAAUCGCUCCCGCUUCCACCUGGACACACACAAAUCCAAGUUCAUCGACUUCCAGAAGGUGCGUGUUCAGGAGACGCAGGCUGAGCUGCCUCGCGGAUCAAUCCCUCGCUCCUUGGAGAUCGUCCUGAGAGCCGAGGCCGUGGAGACGGCUCAGGCUGGAGACCGCUGUGACUUCACUGGGACCCUCAUCGUUGUACCGGACGUCUCUCAGCUCAGCACUCCUGGUGUGCGAUCAGAGACCAGUAACCGAGUCGGAGGUGGGCGCCAGGGUUUUGAAGCUGAGGGUCUGAAGGGCCUGAAAGCUUUGGGAGUCAGAGAGCUGUCAUACAGACUGGCCUUCCUGGCCUGCAAUGUGGCUCCAACUAACCCACGCUUUGGAGGUAAGGAGCUGCGUGAGGAGGAGCAGACUGCAGAGAGCAUUAAGAGUCAGAUGACGGAGAAGGAGUGGGAGAAAGUGUUUGAGAUGAGCCAGGACAAGAACCUGUACCACAACCUGUGCACCAGCCUCUUCCCCACCAUCCACGGGAACGACGAGGUGAAGCGCGGCAUCCUGCUGAUGCUGUUCGGAGGUGUUCCCAAGACGACGAUGGAGAGAACCUCUCUUAGAGGAGACAUCAACGUGUGCAUCGUCGGAGACCCCAGCACAGCCAAGAGCCAGUUCCUCAAGCACGUGGAGGAGUUCAGCCCUAGAGCCGUGUACACGAGCGGUAAAGCCAGCACUGCUGCAGGUCUGACGGCUGCUGUGGUCAGAGACGAGGAGUCCCACGAGUUUGUCAUCGAGGCCGGAGCCUUAAUGCUGGCUGACAACGGCGUGUGCUGCAUUGAUGAAUUUGAUAAGAUGGAUCUGAAGGACCAGGUGGCGAUCCAUGAAGCCAUGGAGCAGCAGACCAUCAGCAUCACCAAAGCUGGAGUCAAGGCCACUCUGAACGCUCGCACCUCCAUCCUGGCUGCUGCCAACCCUGUGGGCGGGCGCUACGACCGUAGCAAGAGUCUGAAGCAGAACGUCCAGCUCUCUGCCCCCAUCAUGAGCCGCUUCGACCUCUUUUUCAUCCUGGUGGACGACUGUAAUGAGGUGACAGACUAUGCCAUCGCCAGACGCAUCGUGGACCUGCACACUCGCAUCGAGGAGUCUGUGGACAGGCUGUACUCUCUGGAUGAGAUCCGCAGAUAUCUGCUCUUUGCCAGACAGUUCAAACCAAAGAUCUCCAGUGAAUCCGAGGAGUUCAUCGUCGAGCAGUACAAGCGUCUGCGGCAGCGUGACGGCUCUGGAGGAACGUCCAAGUCGGCCUGGAGAAUCACGGUGCGGCAGCUGGAGAGCAUGAUCCGCCUCUCAGAGGGCAUGGCCCGCAUGCACUGCUGUGACGAGGUGCAACCAAAACAUGUGAAGGAAGCUUUCCGUCUUCUGAACAAGUCCAUCAUCAGAGUGGAGACGCCCGACAUCAACCUGGAGCAGGAGGAGGAGCUGGAGGAGGAGCAGCAGGAGGAUGGAAACGCUGUCACUAACGGAGUGACUGGUAUAAACGGCCAUGAUAACGGUGUAAAUGGCACUAACGGUCACACCAACGGUAUGAACGGCCAUGCUGAGCCUGGCAGCGAACCCAAACCUUCUCUUCGCCUGUCCUUCAGUGAUUACAGACGCAUCUCCAACCUGCUGGUACUGCAUUUAAGAAAAGUGGAGGAGGCUGAGGAAGAGGAGGAGCUGAAGAAAAGUGCAGUGGUGAACUGGUAUCUGAAGGAGAUCGAGUCAGAGAUCGACUCUGAGGAGGAGCUCGUCAAUAAGAAGGGUCUGAUAGAGAAGGUCCUCCACAGGCUGGUGCACUACGAUCACAUCCUCAUCGAGCUGUCCCAGGCUGGUCUGAAGGGCUCAGAGUCUGUGAGCACUGAAGAAGAGGCUGUUCUUGUCGUCAAUCCAAACUACACCCUGGAAGAUUAAACCACAUCUCUUACACCCUGAUUGAUGAUGUUCUAGGCAUUUUUGAAUGCUCAUAUGUAACACAUACAUAGUGGCAGAAUAUGAAAUGUUACACGACUUGUUUUGUGAGUUUAUCAGCUCUUUGUACAGACUAUUCUCAGGCUCUUAAAGAAAAAAAACAA